GUCCUUUUUCUACUAAUAUCGAUGUAGCCUGUAUACAACGUAAUAUAUAAGCAGCUAGCUCUAAAGAAUUACUGGAGUGUCUCAAGUCUUUGCGUGGCUGAAAGAAGAUAUCGCUGUCAGUCUGAGUUACAAUAGAAACAUGACCAAUACCAUUUCAACGAUUCUGGCGUUUUCCGGGGUGGCGUGUUUCUUUAUUGGAUCAGUCACCGCUACGCCCGUCUUUAAGACUUCGUUGGAAAGUCGACUCUAUCGGGCCAGCACAAAUUUCAUCGCUGGAAAACCGCUGACUGAAGAAUUAUUACAACGAAAUUUUUCCAACAUUGGGAAAGAAAUAAGAGAUGAGUUCAUUCCUUGGGACAAACAAGAUCCCACGCUUCACGAAGGUGACAUUAAGUUUCAUGGGGACAAAAACGCUAUCUUGGGAAAUAGCUACCGUUGGCCCAAUGCCCAAAUACCUUAUGAAAUCUCAGCAAACUACACAAGCGAACAGCGUACGGUCAUUGCCUUUGCUAUAAGCGAAUACCACGAAAAAACGUGCAUCCGUUUCGUUCCUCGAACCUGUGAAAAGAAUUAUUUAACCAUUUUCAAAUCUGGAGGAGGUUGCUGGAGUUACGUCGGCAUGAUCAACAUUGGCGCUCAACAAGUAAGUCUCGAUGAUGGAUGCAUCCCUAGUGGGGUACCAGGAAUAGUCAUGCACGAACUAAUGCACGCCGCUGGAUUUUUCCAUGAACACACACGUCCAGAUCGUGACACCUACGUGACGAUUAACUUUGACAACAUUCAACAACAAUAUUCCGACAACUUUAAAAAAAACACAGAUUUGGAGGUAACGACUCUUGGACUUGAUUACGACUACGGGUCUGUGAUGCAUUACCCCAAAAAUGCUGCUGCUAUUGACGACAAUAUUCCGACCAUUAUCCCACUUAUUGGGAACCCAACAUUGGGACAACUGGAAAAAUUAAGUUCGCUUGAUCUCCAAAAAUUGAACGCACUUUAUUGCUUCCCAUCCCAAUAAAAACUUGAGACGCGCGCGUGAGAAUAAAUUGCAUCAGUCUGUUUCACACCCUUAAUACCGAAUUUUUUUUACAGUUCUUUUCUGCAGUUUUUGAUGUUUGUAUGGUGAUCUGGUGACCAGUUUUGCUGAAAUAACAGCCUUUAAAGGCGUAUCUUUAUAUAGAGUCCUUUUUAUGUUCACCUGGAGACUGAUUUGUCUCACGAAGUUUCAAUAAAGUUUGUUUAGCAUGAAAGCACAGAUU